ACGUAAAUCUGAACGUUGGAACUAUUUUGACCCUCCGCGCCUUCCAUAGUCCUCAAAACAAACUUCAGAGUUAUUCUGCUGUCAAGUUCAGUCGCGAGCUUUCUCGUAUUUACAGACAUCAAAAGCGGACAGCGAUUCUGCCUUAAACUACUGCGGAAUGUCAUACAUUUAACGUAAAUCUGUGUGCAAAGUUUUGUAAAUACACUUAUUGAAUGUAAUCGAGCGUAACUACUUUUUGUUUGCUCUACAGGGCGGUUUUAAUGUGUGAUUUCGAUAAAGAUCUAGUAAAUGUGUGAGUGAAGGCGUGUGUGUGUCAGUUACUUUCGCUUGUGAAGUCUGUUUAAUUCACCAUUUGACCUCAGUUAGUUGCUGGAGUGGCUGUCACACCGUCUAAAAUGGAUUAAAUCAUGCUCAUGGAGGAAAAGGGCAGCUCUGGAGAAGAUGAGGGCUCUAGAGAGAAAGGUGUGCUCUACAGAUGGCAGGGAUAUUUCUGCGGUGUGACCCCAGAGAGACUGCUUCUGUCCAGGCCUGUGCUUCAUGCUGCACUGGGGAAUUUACAUGGACUUCUGCUGACAGAAGAUGGGCAUGUGUAUAGUAUCGGCGAGCAGCCGUGGAAACGAGUCAGUUCUCAGCCUACUGGCCCUGUUUUAGAGAGUGCACUGAAGGAACAGCAUGUGAUCUCUGUGUCGGCGGGCAGCUUUCACUCUUCUGCUGUAACAGAGGAUGGCCUCGUCCACAUGUGGGGGGAGAAUUCCCACGGCCAGUGUGGCAUCUCUGGAAUGGACCAAGUACCCAAUCCCACUCCCGUUAGUGUGGUGGAUGGUGAGACCCAUCCUCCGCAACUGGUCCAAGUCCUAAAUGUGGCCUGCGGAGCGCAGCACACUCUGGCCCUCUCAAGAAAGCAUGAGGUGUGGGCCUGGGGUAGUGGCUGCCAGCUGGGACUGGUUACCAGCAUAUUCCCAGUAUGGACACCCCAGAAGGUGGAGCAUUUAGUGGGAAGAUAUGUGGUUCAGAUCGCUUGUGGUGGGUUUCAUAGCCUGGCUCUGGUUCAGUUUCUUCCUUCACAAGCGUCCAGUCAGCAAGCUCAGGAUAGAUGUGGGCAGUGUAAGCAGAGCCUUUACACCAUGACUGAAAAGGAAGACCAUGUUAUUAUUUCUGAUGAGCAUUACUGUCCACUUGGAGUGGAACUGGCUGAUUCUAAACAAGGUCGGAGGUCAGGACAAAGCUCUCCGGCUCAGACACCACAAACCAAAAACUCCUCGCCCAGCUCCCUAGUAUCACCAUUGACCUUGAAGAACAUGUGUGCAGGUCAGGGAUCCUCAUUUGAAUCUCAGCAAAGUACCACAAGCCAGGAGACUCAACUAGACCUUGCUGUAUCUGAGGCUGGGCAUGUACGUCUACGACGAACCAAAAGCACUCCCUACCCUGAUGAGCAGGCUCUGAAAGACUACCUCAAAAGGAUUUCGGACCAGACCCUCGCUGACCAGGCCGACGCUACCUCUGUGGGAGGUUCCCAUCCUCCGAGCCGCCAGUCAUCUCUCACGUGUCCUUUCCGAUCAAACCAAAGUGAUGAGCUUACACUACGUCCCUCUUCACCAACACUGAGCAGACCUGAUGGGAUCACAGCUUCUGCCAGACAACGCAGUGCAUCAGAUACUGUCACAGACCGGAAGCACUCUCUCCAUUUUUUACCACCACUGGAUUCCACUUCUGAUGAUUCUUCACAGCACUCAAGCGUGGAUGGAGGCAUUUGCCUCAGUGAACUUUUAAUCAGCAAUGGAUGUUUAUUUGAGUCCUGUGAGGAGGGCGUAGAGACAGCUGGAAUGGACUUCUGUCCAGCCGAUUCUCUGCAAAGUAAGAAGAGCACCAGUCUGACGGACAUCACAUUAGUGGAUGCUGAAGCACAUGCUCGCAGAGGGUCUUUUCCUGGCUUCUCUCCAGUGUCGCCUUCUGACAGUCAUCGAACCAAAAAUUUGAGAGGUGCUGUGACAACUUCUUCUACCUCAGAAUCUAGAAAUCUCCUUCCUUCCCUUUACACUGAGGUGUGGAGUUGGGGGAGGGGCCAGGAAGGUCAGCUAGGUCAUGGAGACUAUUUGCCCAGGUUACAGCCGCUCUGCAUUAAGAGUUUAAGUAAAAAGGAAGUUGUCAAGAUCACUGCUGGAGCAAAUCACUCUUUGGCACUGACAGCUCAGUGUCAGGUUUAUUCCUGGGGAAGUGACAAAUUUGGGCAGCUGGGUUAUAUGAAUGCUCCCUGCACAGUUCCUAAUCUCACCAUGGUCUCUGACGGUAUCCGUGUGUGGGACGUGGCAGCAGGGCAAACGCACACUUUGCUGCUGGCUGAUGGAGACUGUUAUCAGCCCAUUCUCUAUUACAGCGGAGAGCAGGUGCUGGAGAACAAUGACAGUGCUCAUCCCCUCUCCGGGACCUACACCCAGACGCCCACCCUUCUGCCCUUCUGCAUGAAUAUUGGCUAUGUGAGUCAAGUGUUUGGAGGAGGACUGAAUUGUUUGGCCUUGGCCGAUCAGAACGCAAUGGGUUUCAUAGCGACAGUCCACGAGCUCGCUUCGGCAGAGAGGAAAUUCUACUGCAUCCUCAGCAAGGUGAAGAGCCAAAUCCUAAGCCCCCUGCUAGCUCGUGCGAGUUUGGCCUUGUCUCUGGGUCAGUCCUCCAUGUUGCUGUUUCAAGAGAUGGCUGGUAGUUUCAGCAAGCUUUGCCAUCUGACAGGACAGCACUCAGUAUCCCUCACUAACUUCCUGCAGGGAGGCAAAGUGAUCAAAACACUGGUCUUGAUCAAGAACACAGCCAUUUUCAUUGACACCUAUAAAGAGUACAGCGAUCCAGUGGGAAACUUUCUUGUUAUGGGAGGAUUCCAGUCAUUGCUGAAACCCUCACAAGAAUUAUUUGGAAAGAAACUGGAGUUGAUACAGUCUCUGCUAGAGUCCAAGGAGAAGAACCCAUCACCCUGUGAUCUGUUAGUCAACUUGUUUUAUAUGCCCUUGCAGCACCUGCAUGGGUAUAACAGAUUACUUCUGAAACUAGCCAACUGCUUCGAAGUGAACACUGAGGAAUACCAGUGGAUUCAAAAUGGUUGCUCCAAAUAUGAAGCUUUAGCUCGCCUUGUCAGCAAGCAGAGAAAAGAUGCUGAGGCCACUUUCAAUUUCUGGAAGAACUUCAAAGGAAAGAAUUCGGAAUCCCUGCGUAAGCCAUCUCGUCGUCUGGUUUGUGAGAGCAGUAAUAAAGCUCUGACGUUACAGAACGCUGGAAGAUUCUCUGCCAGCUGGUUCAUCCUCUUCAGUGAUGUCCUAGUUCAUGCACAGGGCACUAUUCCAUCAAAGAAGCUUUUCUCAUCUCACUACGUCUACCCACUUGCUACACUCUGGGUGGAGCCCAUCUCAGAUGAAAGUUUGGGCCUACUUGCCCUUAAGCUGACCACACCUGAAGAUAGCUUUGUUGUUCUUGCAUCUUCUCCUCUGGAAAAGGGCAAGUGGCUGAGAGCCAUUAACCAGGCCAUUGAUGACGUGCUUGCUGCAGGCCUUAACAGGAGGACACGUGGGUCUAGAAGUAGCCAGAAUGGAGAUCCUCCUGUGUCACGUACUUCCACCUACACUUUCAGCAAAGAGGGCCGACUUAAGGAUGCUUUGUAUGAGGGCCGCUGGCUAUCAGGAAAACCUCAUGGCAAGGGGAUUCUGAAGUGGCCAGAUGGGACGGUAUACUGUGGGACAUUCAAGAACGGGUUGGAGGAUGGAUUUGGAGAUUAUAUGAUGCCCAACACAACCCUCAACAAGUUUGAGCGUUACCAAGGUCACUGGAAGGAGGGGAAAAUGCAUGGCUUUGGCACAUACUGGCAUGCUUCAGGUGAGGUAUACGAGGGCUUGUUCAGGGAGAACAUGCGUCAUGGUCACGGCAUGUUACGGAGUGGGAAGUUGGCCUCUCCUUCCUCCAGUAGUGUGUUUGUGGGCCAGUGGGUUCAAGGGAAGAGAACAGGCUAUGGGGUAUGCGAUGACUUCAGCAGAGGAGAGAAAUACAUGGGAAUAUGGCUUGAUGACCAGCGACAUGGAGAUGGGGUCGUUAUCACUCAGUUUGGAUUGUAUUAUGAAGGAAACUUCUCCAGUAACAAGAUGAUGGGCAAUGGGACUCUUCUCUGUGAUGAUGACACAGUCUUUGAGGGCGAGUUUUCAGAAGACUGGACUCUGUGUGGAAAGGGCGUUCUUUUCAUGCCUAAUGGUGACUCUUUGGAUGGGGUCUUUGAUGGUCACUGGGGAACCGGUCUGAGAGUGGCUGGAACUUUUACAAAACCCUUUGAAACUUUGAGGAGAGAAAUCAAGAUGCCUGUGGCUGGUCAACACGCAGUGCCUGCAGAAGAAAGGUGGAAAGCCGUGUUUGAGGAGUGCUGGGGUCGACUAGGCUGUGAAACUCCUGAGCAGGGAUUGUAUGAGAAAGCCUGGGAGAACAUCGCCAUCUCCCUCACUGCCAGACGCAGACAACAGAGAGAUCGGUAUGAGCAGAGACCAGAGGAGCUGAGCCGGUCUCAGACUAAGAUGCUGGAGAGUCUUGAGGUGAUUCCUCAACAUGUGGGCCCUGUUACUGCAGACUCCUACAACAACAUCCGUCGGUAUCUCAUGAAGGCCUGUGAUACCCCUCUGCACCCACUGGGCUGGCUGCUGGAGACCCUCGUCACUGUGUACAGGAUGACCUAUGUUGGCGUGGGCUCCAAUAGACGCCUCCUACAGCAGGCAGUGGAGGAGAUCCAGUCAUAUCUAACACGCAUAUUCCAAAUAGUCAGGUUUCUAUUUCCUGGUCUCCCUGAGGAUGGUGGUUUUAUUCUGGAUUCCUCCACUUCCUCAGAUGAGGGCACAGACUCUCUUAACAGCAGUACACAUUCAGAAACUCCACAGCAUGGUUUGAUAGUGAGCAGCUCAAGUCUUCUCCUGCCGGUGUUGCUGCCGAGGCUUUACCCUCCUCUCUUCACCCUCUACACACUAGAGAAAGAGAGAGAGGAGGAAGUGUACUGGAACUGUGUGUUAAGACUCAACAAACAGCCUGAUCUCGCCCUCCUAGCAUUCCUUGGAGUACAACAAAAGUUCUGGCCAGUUUCUAUCUCUGUAUUGGGAGAGAUAAAGCAGGUGUUGCCUAGUACUAAAGACGCCUGCUUCGCUACUGCUGUUGAAACCCUGCAACAGAUCAGCACAGCAUUCACUCCCUCAGACAAGUUACAGGUGAUACAGUUGACCUUUGAGGAGGUCACCCAGGACGUGCAGGCUCUGCUUGGGCAGGAGUUUCUGUGGUGCAUGGAUGACCUCUUUCCAAUCUUCCUCUAUGUGGUGCUCCGUGCACGGAUCAGAAACCUGGGCUCUGAAGUCAGUCUGAUAGAGGACCUUACAGACUCCAGUCUACAGCUGGGACAGCUUGGGUUCAUGUUGACAACUCUCAAGGCCUGCUACAACCAGAUUCAGCUUGAGAAGACUACAUAGGAUGGGUUGGUUUGUGAGCAGUGCAGCCGCAGCUUUGCCAACUUGCACACGUUCUUAUGGAGCAGGUGCCGUUUAAAUAGACACGGAUUACAGGUCAAUUCAAGAUGUGCUUAUUUAUUUCAGGCCUCAAGAAGAGGCUCACAUUCCACUCAAGCACUCCCUUAAGCACUGUGCUACAGAGAUGACUCAGAUUUUUUUUUAAUGUUUUGAUACUCUCAAACUGACCAUUAGACUGACAGUAAAGUUGCGCCUUAAAGAAAAAUGUACAUUUCAACAUCCAAAUUAACCUGGAAGAAAAGAGACUUACUCUAUUUUAUGCAAAAAAUUAUUCAAGCACUCACCGUGUGCCAAUAUUUUAUACCAGUUUGGGUAAUAACUGACACUCAUUACUAUAUGACUAUAUAUUAUUUGGUAUCAGUCUGUUACUGACUUAUGUUCUGAUACUCCAACUAAUGAUAAUGCUCAGAUUAAUCAGAUGAAACUAUAUAAUUGUAUCAGAGCAGUACCUAUGUAUUAAGGUAUCUUUGGUUUUUUUGAGUGACAUCAACUUGAACAACAUUUACACUAUAUAAAACUCAUAAAAAAAACAAAAAAAAAAAACUUAUUUAUAUAAGGAACAUAGCAAUGAAGAAACAGCAGCAUUUACAAUAUUUUGCUAUAGAAAAUGCAUAAAUGAACUACAGAUGAAAAGUUUGAGUUCAGUAAGAUUUUUUUUUGUGUUUUUGACAGAAGUCCCUUCUGCUCACUAAGGUUGCAUUUUUAAAAAAAAAAAAAUCAAAAAUACAGUAAAAACAGUAAAUUUGUCAAAUAUUUAUAUAAUAAAUAUUAUAUAAUUUAAAAUAACUAUAUUCUAUUUCAGUAUAUCUUAA